GUGAUUCUCGCUGUAGAGGCUGCGCCUACCUACCGCUCUCUCGCUUCUCCACAGGCGCACAGCCGCACCACUCUCAUUCUCACUGCAGACUUUCCGUUCAGUUGCAGCCAACUGUUCGCCACUGUCGCACAGGCGCCGCCAAACAAAGAUUUUUUAGGAUCAAAGUAGCGCUUUCAAGCGGCUCAACGCCCAACAAAUCGCUACAUUGUAGCAAGCAGGCAGCGAGAGAAGACUAUAAGUCGUUUUUAUCGUUAGUGUAACGGUAUUUUAAACCAGUAUCGAUACAACGCCGGAACGACGAAUCUCAAACAUGGGGAAAUGUUCGGCGUGGUCGCUCUUUCUAGUAGUCUCGCUGCUAGCUAUGAAAGCUCUGUCCCAGAAUGAAGGUGGCUUUGACCUGUCUGAUGCCUUGGAUGGCGAUGUCUCUAAAACACCAGCAGCAACCCCCAAACCCAAACCAGUAGAAGGGGCAGGAGAAGAGUUCUUUGGAGAAGAUGAGAAGAUCACCACCACCAAUGUUCCUCCUAAAGCCCCAGCCACUAAGGCCCCGCCACACAAGCCCAAGCCAGAUGAGAUCCAGGCUGAUUUUGACUUUGAGCCCAGCCCUCGCCCUGGCCUGCUGCCCCGCGCCACCAAGGGCCCCCACACCCCACCUAAGCCCCAGCCUGCCUCUGAGUUUGACCUGAGUGAUGCUCUGGAUCCCAACAACGACAUUGGAGGGAAGGACAAGAACAAGGGACAAGCAGAUAAAGGUAUUGGAGGCGGGGGCAGGGGAGACCCCAACAACAGAGGAGGGAACGGGGGUGGAUCUUUCUCAGACGAUGAUCUGUUUGACGUUGGGAAAGACGACACCUACAACCCUGACAAAGGCAAAGGUGGACGUGGUGGAAGCCAGUCUGCUGCUGAUGACAACAACUAUGACACCGUGGCUGAGACCGGAACCAUCGCCGGGAUCAUCAGUGCCAUUGGCGUGGCGCUGGUUGGCAUGGUUACCAGUUACGUCUCCUACCAGAAGAAGAAGUUCUGCUUCAGCAUACAGCAGAGCCUGAAUGCAGACCUGGUGAAGACUGAUAACCCAGAGGCUGUGGUGGCCACAGAACCACAAGUUCAACAGACUCUUCUGGAGCCCCCCAAUGCUGAGCCCCCUAGUGAGGAGAACACUGUCUAACAUCCCCCUGCCCGGCCUCGUCCCCCAACCUACACACAUACCUGCACACACACUCACACGAAGAGGGUGUGACGACACACACUUACAUGCCCUCACCUUGGGGAAUAUCCCCCUCCACCUCAUACACCUACACACACUAACCACUUUAGGAAGGUAGUCCCACCCCCCAUCCCCGUUAUACCUUGAGUUGUAGAUAGAUGGAGAUCGGCAAACUGUCUGAAAUGUAGAGUUCCACUGGCGGCCAUGUUGACACCACCAAGUUCCAUGUCAUUCUAGAAUCUCAAUAUCAUUCUAGAGUCGGAAUGGUAUUGUGACAUCACUACGGUUUGCCGACCUCUGUAGACCUACCCCUGCCAAACUGUGUACAUAUCAUUUAAUUUAUUUUAACUGUUAUAAACGCCACUAAUAUGCCUGUUUACAAUUUGAUUAUGAAGGAGACAGUAGCCUGAUCCUAGAUCAGUUUGUAUUUGACAAUGAUAGUCAGAGAAUUUGCUAUACUAAAGCACAUACAGAUCUGGGACCAGGCUUCCAUCAUGGUAUUUCCUGAAAGAUAGUAUGGUAUAUAGUAUAACCCACAUCCCCCCCCCCCCCCCCACUCCA